AUGAGGAAGGGGAAGGAGUCAGGGAAGGUGCCAGCUGCAAACAUCCUGGCCAGCGCACCCUCCGAGAGAAACCUGGGCGCCUUCCAGGAGUUCGGCUGCCGCACAACGCACUGCAACUUGGAGGUGCUGCAGGACAGCACCCUGGUCUUCCUGGCCACCAAGCCGCACAUCCUGCCGGGCGUCCUGCAGGAGAUCCGACCUGCUGUGGGCUCACACCACGUCAUCGUCUCGCUGGCCGCCGGCAUCACCCUCAGCGCCCUGCAGCAGCUGCUCCCUGCCAGGACCAAGGUGCUGCGGCUCAUGCCCAACCUACCGUGCGUGGUGCAGGCUGGGGCCAUGGUGUUCGCCCGGGGUGACAGUGCUGGCGACCAGGAGGCCACCCUGCUCAAGAGCCUGCUCUCCUCCUGUGGCCUCUGCGAGGAGGUGCCCGAGUCCUACAUCAACAUCCACACGGGCCUCAGCGGCAGCGGGGUAGCCUACGUGUACCUGUUCGCCGAAGCCCUGGCUGAGGGAGCCGUGAAGAUGGGCAUGCCGGGGCCCUUAGCCAGCAGAAUCGCAGCCCAGACGCUGCUGGGUGCCGCGAAGAUGAUGCUGGAGACUGGGGAGCACCCGGCAAAGCUGCGCGGCGACGUCUGCACGCCCGGCGGCACCACCAUCCACGCGCUGCACCAGCUGGAGAAGGGCGCGCUGCGGGCCACUGUCAUGAGCGCCGUGGAGGCGGCCACCAACCGCGCACACGAGAUGGGCUACAAGUAG